AUUGGCCAAGACGGUCAGAGCGGAAGAAACGCGAUGAUGUCAUUAUUCUGGGUUUGUAUUAUUGGAACUGCGCAACACAAUCUCACCGGCAUUCAUACUCUUCCUUAUAAAGACCUCACUGCAACGGAGGUCACUGAUUAGCAGUCUCUGUCCGAGGAGACGGCCCAGGACAGUAGUUCCACUAGCUCUAGCAGUCUUCUUCAGGGACGAGACAGCGUAGUGUGCAGAGGGCAUGAGCUCAAGUUGUGAAUCCAACUUGCUUCCUGUAUUGCGCUGCUGUUUCGAUUCACCAUGGCUGGCCUUGGGUACACUGUAUGCCUCUUGGUGACUGUGGCAUUAGUAUGCUCCGCAGAGCCUGCGCAAGGUUCCCAGAAGGUCCCCGAAACCAGGGAGGAAGUGAUCGCCAGCUUCGCAAGCUGGGUUCAGAGAGUAGGAGAGAAGCAUGCCGCCUGGGAGCGAGCUGCCAAGACCGCUACCACCGCUGACGAGUUUGCUAGCAAGGUCGGCGAAACCGUGAUUGUGGUUGAUCAGAGUGGAGCUGGAAACUUCAAGACUGUCAACGAAGCUUUGAAUUCUAUCCCGGAGCACAGCAAGUCACCGGUCACUAUUAAAGUGAACGCCGGAACUUAUAAUGAGAGGGUGGUUAUUCCCAAGUCUAAGGAGUUCAUCACAUUGCAAGGCGCAGGUCGUGAUGUUACCAAAAUCACAGCAAGCAAUGCAGCUGGUAACUCUGGUACAACGUACACAUCGGCGACGUUUGGCGUCAGCGCACCUCACUUCACCGCCAGAAACAUCAGUUUUGAGAACUCGUCUCCUCCUCCCGACGGCGGAGCUCAGCAACAAGCCGUGGCGCUACGGACCACCGGUGACAUGAACGCCUUUUACGGAUGUGCCUUCUAUGGUCACCAAGACACACUGUACGACCAUAGAGGCCGCCACUUCUUCAAGGAUACUCUCAUCGUCGGCACUGUGGACUUCAUUUUUGGCGACGGAAAGUCUCUGUACAAGAACUGCGAGCUGCGCGUGUUGCCGUCCUCAGGUGGCUCGUUAACAGCCCAGAAAAGACUGAGUGGGAGUGAGGACACUGGCUACUCGUUUGUGAAUUGCAAAGUUACCGGCUCCGGGCCGCCUCAAGUGUACCUCGGCCGUGCCUGGGGUCCCUAUUCUCGUGUGAUCUUUGCUUUCACUGAAUUCGCCAACAUCAUCAAACCCGAAGGAUGGUAUAACUGGGGAGACCCCUCCAGGGAAAAGACUGUGUUCUACGGGAUGUACAAGUGCUUCGGCCCCGGUGCUAGCUCCCCGUCGAGAGCUUACUACUCAAAAGAGCUUACGGAUGCCGAGGCUGCACCAUUCCUGAGCCUCAACUACAUUGAUGGGGGGCUUUGGGUGAAGGAAGGAAUCUAAGCUGAAGAGCGUGAUGCCCCGGUGGAUUUGCAAUUGAUCGAUUCUGUGCGCAGAUGGGCCACAUUGGUCUUGAACCUCUUGAACCGAGGAUUUCUGUUUUGUCGACUGAAGAUUGUGAAAAGCAAACCAUUCGCGAAGAUUUGGAAAACUGCUGUAGCGGUUGUGAGUUUUCUGCUGACUUGAUGGUUCCGGGAGGCGGGUGCAUCGCUCGCAGAAAAGAUUACUCCAUAUACAAUGGUGUUCGAGUCUUUAAUAAGAGAUUCGGUGGAGAGCUUUUGUUUUAGAGCCAAUGCGGCAUUCAAAUGAGAAUACUGUGGGUCCGCAAAUCUUUUGAAGAUCAUGACUUAGUUUAGCUGAAAUGAAGAUGUAGAGCAACUGUUUUACCUCUCAUGACGGGUGACGUUUUCAUUUAGUGAAUCGAUUAUAUUUUUCCAACCUGGUGCACAUCCACAUGUAAACUGCUGCCUCUGUCAUGAUAUAUUCUCAAGCGAUCCUAAGAGGCUGGUUAGAAGUCACCAUCUCCCCCUUUUUAGUGAACUUGUGUCAGCAUACAACUAAAUACACAUUGUUUCUGUCA